AGUGCGCUGGCGAUAAUGCUCUCACUUCGGCACGACACUUCCGGGUCUGGCCCCUGUUCGUUUCCUGACUCGGUGAACCUGACAGCCGCCGUCGUUCAGGACCAAAGACCGUUCAGGGUUGGAGUCAUGUCGGCAGCUGCUCCUGGGACCAGUAAGGCGGCUCACGGUGAUGUGGCCGCCAAGAAAAAGAAGGGACCCGGGGCCCUGGCCACGGCCUAUCUCGUCAUUUACAACGUUGUUAUGACAGCGGGGUGGCUGGUGAUAGCUGUGGGUCUUGUCAGAGCCUAUCUGGCCAGGGGAAGCUACCAUGGGCUGUACUAUUCCAUAGAGAAGCCCCUCAAGUUCUUUCAGACAGGAGCUAUUCUGGAGAUACUGCACUGUGCUGUAGGAAUCGUUCCAUCCUCAGUGGUACUGACUGGAUUCCAGGUCAUGUCCCGGGUCUUCCUCACCUGGGCCGUCACACAUAGCGUCAGGGAGGUGCAGAGUGAGGACAGUGUGCUGCUGUUUGUCACAGCCUGGACUGUCACAGAGAUCAUCCGCUAUUCUUUCUACACCUUCAGCCUGCUCAAUCACCUGCCAUACCUCAUCAAAUGGGCAAGGUACACCUUCUUCAUUGUGCUGUAUCCCAUGGGAGUGACCGGGGAACUGCUGACUAUCUAUGCAGCACUGCCGUACGUGCAGAAGACAGGCCUGUACUCUGUCACUCUGCCCAACAAGUACAACUUCUCCUUUGAUUACUACACCUUCCUCAUCCUCAUCAUGAUCUCCUACAUUCCCCUCUUCCCCCAGCUUUACUUCCAUAUGAUCCGACAGAGGAAGAAGGUGCUGGGCCACGUAGAGGACUACAGCAAAGUGGAGUGAGCCCGACAGCAUUCAGACACAAAAAAAGAAACCAAAACAAGCGACAGAAGAGGAACAAAAUCUGCUUAAAGAAAUGCAAAGCCCAGCCAGUUUUCAAACUGCCACAACUGACAUGCAACUUUAUUUUCUCCAGCUGUUGUCCGGGUUGUAUAGGUGCUCACAAAUCAUGAAUGAACUGGAGUUAUUUUUGUUGUUGUUUUUAUUUAUGAACAAACCGCAGUUACUUGUGUUUAGUCGGAGAGCCUGCAGCUGUACUGUAACUGUAUUUUGACGUGGAUACGGUUGAGUUGCUGUCUGAGCAGUGAGCAGAACUCGCUCACCACAAAGCAUUAAACCGAAAGAUGCACUGAUAGAAUCGAUAACCUCCUUUUUAAAAGUCACUGUAGAAUUAGAGUUUUCACCUCCCCAUGCUCUCUUUUAAUGGGAGUUUUACUGCGACAUAGAAGGAAUAAUGUGAAGUCUAGUACUGAAAACUAGGUUGUCUGUAGGUUUUGCAUCUACAGUGUGUUUGUUUGUGGUCUGGAUUUUUUUUUUCUUCAUUUCAGUCAAAAGUUUGAUUACAUUCCCAAUUUAGUUCAAUAAACCUUUUUCAUUCUGUUUGCAUGGUUCCAUCUGUUUUCCCAUGUGCUCGCUGUUGUGUUAGGUGUCUGCUUGGUUGCAUCCUCAGUGGUCUGACGCUGAUUGUGUUGACUCUUUAAAAGCUUAAGUUUACCUCCUUUA